GUGAAUUAUCAACAUAUGCAGUCGUGCUAUUCUUGUGUUGAGGAAGCAGCUAGUACAUAUGAGCUUGUAGGGGUGAGCAGUGGUGGAAAAUUGAGCCGACACAAUGUCCAUAUUCAGCAAUUGGGCCCAGAGACAGUGACUGAGUUAUCAUCGUUGCAUUUGUCUGCCAGUGAUCAAACACAAGAUCUACAUAGUAGACUAGUCAUGGACCAUCCACGAGGUUAUUCUCGACAACUUCACAAGUGCAUUGUGGCUCAUUCUCAAGGACAAGCUGUAUUUGAUGGGAAUAUAAAAGUCAACAGAUAUGCACAACAGACAGAUGCAGGACAAUUAACAAGGAGCCUGCUCCUUGAACCUCGUGCAACUGUGAAUAUCAAUCAAACCCCAAUCUCCAAAUAAUUGCUGAUGAUGUCAAAUGUUCCCAUGGAGCUGCAAUAAGUGACUUAGAAGAAAGCCAACUCUUCUACUUCUUGGCACGUGGCAUCAACUUAGAGAAAAGCUCUUCUCUUCUCGUUUGGAGCCGAGGUGGUAGAACGGCUGCCUAACCCUGUCAGAAAGGAAGUUGAGAGUCAUAUUAGAGAAUUGCUGGAUCCUACACUUAAAGGAUCCUCAUAAUGAGAGA